AUGACUGUGACGAACAAGCGAAGGAAACAAGAUGCACUUGCGGUAAAAAAAAACAAGAAAAAUAAGUCAGUUUCAGACAUUUUCUGUGUUUCUGGUAAAUGUCCGUGCCACAAAGUGAACCACUCUUGUACCCACUCGUGUAGAUGUUACAAUUACAAAAAUACGUGCAAUUCCAAUGAAGUUGUGAAGGUAAAAAAGAGUCUGAAGAGAGGCUGUAGGUGCGGAGUUGGACAAAAGAGCAAAGGGGACGGAGAACCAAAUGCAAGUCACAAGUCGUGUCAAGACAGUCUCCGCAAGUCGAAGUGUCCGUGUGUAGCGGGUGGCAUAGGAUGCACCGAAGUCUGCAGAUGCUUUAAUUGUGGAAACAUUGUUCAAGCUCGAGCUGACCCGGGAAAAUCCCCAAAACGAAAGAAGCGAAAUAGGGCGACCGUCUCUCCAUAUAAGAGGAAAAAGGGAUCAAAGUUCAUGAUAAGUCAAAAUGCAGAGGUGGAUUGUGGACCAUGGAGAAACAUU